CGGGCCCGUUUCACGCAACCACUUCUGCUACACCACCGCGGCCUGCCACCCUAGACCGCGCCCUGCCGUCCUACACCGCGCCUGCGCCGCAUCUAGUCCCCUACGAAACACGAAACACGCGCACGUCGGCUCCCCGGAGCGAGCAGCGCCCAUCGCCCCAUCGCCCCAUAGCCCGCCAUGCCGACCAUUCCCUCCGACCAGCUCGUCAAGCUGCAGCAGGAGGCCGAGGGCAUCAGAAAUAUAUGCAUCCUCGCCCACGUCGACCAUGGCAAGACGUCCCUCACCGACGCUCUCAUCGCCACCAACGGCAUCAUCUCCCCCAAGCUCGCCGGCAAGAUCAGGUACCUCGACUCGAGGCCGGAUGAGCAGCUCCGCGGCAUCACCAUGGAGUCGUCUGCCAUCUCGCUGUACUUCUCGCUGCUGCGCCGGUCCGUGCCCGAGGCACAGGCCGAGAAGAAGGAGUUCCUCGUCAACUUGAUCGACUCACCCGGACACAUCGACUUCAGUUACGAGGUCUCGACGGCCUCGCGUCUGUGUGACGGCGCCAUCGUGCUCGUCGACGCCGUGGAGGGCGUGUGCAGUCAGACCGUCACCGUGCUGCGCCAAACGUGGAUAGAGAAGCUCAAGCCUCUGCUCGUGAUCAACAAGAUGGACAGACUAAUCACAGAAUGGAAGAUGAGCCCAGCUGACGCACACACGCACUUGAACAAGCUCGUAGAACAGGUGAAUGCCGUCAUGGGCAGCUUCUACCAGGGCGAGCGCAUGGAGGACGACCUCCGCUGGCGCGAGAAGAUGGAAGAGAAGCUCAACGCUGCAGCUGCCGAGAAGACUAACACUACAUCGUCCGCAGCAGUAUCAGAUAACGGGGACAGUGUAGACACGACGAACACACCUGCCGAGUACGAGGAAAAGGACGACGAAGACAUCUACUUUGCUCCUGAGAAGAACAAUGUCAUCUUCGCCAGUGCCAUCGAUGGCUGGGCAUUCACAGUGAAGCAGUUCGCCAGUCUCUACGAGCGCAAGCUCGGCAUCAAGCGCUCAGUACUGGAGAAGGUACUCUGGGGCGACUACUUCCUAAACCCAAAGACCAAGCGCGUGCUCAGUUCCAAGCAUCUCAAAGGCCGCCACCUGAAGCCCAUGUUCGUUCAACUGGUGCUCGAGAAUAUAUGGGCCGUCUACGACGCCACGACGGGAGGUAACAACGGGAAGGGAGAUCCCGCCAUGGUCGAAAAGAUUACAAAGUCUCUCCACCUCAGCCUCCCACCACACGUCUUGCGGUCACGCGACCCUCGUGCUGUCUUGACCGCACUCUUCGCCGCCUGGCUACCCCUGUCGACCGCGCUGCUGGUCUCCGUCAUCGAGUACCUGCCUUCGCCUACCAAGGCCCAAGCAGAGAGGAUGCCAGAGAUUAUCGACACUUCGGUCGGUGCUGAUCAUGUCGCACCAGAAGUUCGAAAGGCGAUCACCGACUUCGAUACGUCCAAAGACGCGCCUGUCGUGGCCUACGUCAGCAAGAUGUUUUCCGUCCCCGAAAGCGAACUGCCACAGCACAAGCGGAGGACUGGCGCACUGAGCGCAGAAGAGGCGCGAGACCUGGGGCGCAAGAAGCGGGCAGAGCUUGCCCGGCAACAAGCCAUUGCCAAUGGCGAGAGUCCAGAUGUCGGUAGUAUCACCGACGCACUCAGCUCGGCCGCUAUUGGCCAUGACGAAGCACACGCGGAAGGGGCAGCACCGUCCGAUGAAAAGGCUGAGCAUCUGAUCGGUUUCGCUCGCAUCUACUCCGGCACGCUCAGCGUGGGUGACGAGGUGUAUGUCCUGGGCCCGAAGUUCUCACCAGCAAACCCGCAUGCAGCGCCGGAACCGAAGAAGGUCAAGGUUACUGCGCUGUACCUCAUGAUGGGACGUGGCUUAGAGUCGUUGACUUCUGUACCCGCUGGUGUUGUGUUCGGCAUCGGUGGUCUCGAGGGACAUAUGCUCAAGUCGGGAACACUCUGCUCGCAGCUGCCAGGUUCACUCAACCUGGCUGGUGUGACCAUGGGCUCUGAGCCCAUCGUACGCGUCGCCCUGGAGCCUGAGAACCCUUAUGAUCUCGACAAGAUGAUCAACGGCUUAAAGCUCUUGGUACAGUCCGACCCAUGCGCCGAAUACGAGCAACUGCCCAGUGGAGAGCACGUUGUCUUGACAGCCGGCGAGCUGCAUCUUGAACGAUGUUUGAAGGACCUCGAAGAGCGCUUUGCCAAGUGCAAAAUUCAAGCUGGCGAGCCCAUUGUUCCCUACCGAGAAUCGACCGUCGCCGCAGCCGAGAUGAAUCCUCCCAAGAACCCAGAGCUAGGCCGUGGUGUCGUCGUUAGCGCGACAGCCAGCAAGCAGGUCUCUGUCCGCCUGCAGGUCCGCCCACUACCCCCAAGUGUCACAGAGUUCCUGAGCAAGAACUCCGGUUCCAUCAAGAGGUUGAACUCCGAGCGUAAGGCGCAGGAGACUCAGCACUCCGAUGAGCAGGUGGCUGCUGAGGUCCAAGGAGCCGAGCAGGACGGCAUGCAAGAAGCUGAGCAGCGCGAGAGUGGGCAGAGCCUCAGCCCUGCGGAGUUUAAGAAGCAGCUCAAAGCUGCUUUCGCUGAAGCCAAGAAAGAAAAGGACAUCUGGACUGAUGAUGUGAUUGACAAGAUCACUGCGUUUGGUCCGCGCAACCGAGGGCCGAACAUUCUGAUCGACAGUGCUGGUAUAUGUACCAAAGCUCUCGCAGACACCACAGAGGACGACGACACGUCCGACCGUGCCUCAAGCACCCGCUCCUUCGCCUCGACAAUAAUCUACGCCUUCCAGCUCGCCACGGCCCAAGGUCCCUGCUGUGCGGAGCCGGUCCAGGGCAUCGCUGUGUUCUUGCAGGACGUGAGCCUUGAUGAAUCAACGGCAGAGACUGAUCACCACCGCCUCACAGGUGAGGUCAUUAAGGCUGUCCGUGCGGGCGUCCACAAUGGUAUGCUCGACUGGUCGCCCCGCAUGCUGCUCGCCAUGUACUCCUGCGAAAUCCAGGCCUCGACCGACGUGCUCGGGCGCGUCUACGCCGUGCUCACCCGCAGGCGAGGACAGAUUUUGAGCGAGACGAUGAGUAGCUCUGCCGCGUCUACAACAGGAAAUCAAACAUUCACUAUUUCCGCCCUCCUCCCCGUCGCGGAAUCUUUCGGCUUCUCAGACGAGAUCCGCAAACGCUCGUCCGGCUCUGCGUCCCCGCAGUUGCGCUUCGCAGGCUUUGAGAUGCUGGAUGAAGACCCCUUCUGGGUUCCGUUUACCGAGGACGAACUCGAGGAUCUGGGCGAGUUGGCCGAUAGGGAGAAUGUCGCGAAGAGGUACGUGGAUCGUGUGAGGAGGAGGAAGGGGUUGUUGGUCAAAGAGGUUAGGGUGGAGGCGGAGAAACAGAAGACACUGAAGCGGUGAAUUGGGGGUUGCAGGGGAGGG